UCGCAGGGCGGCGGUGGGGUUCGCAGCCCCAGCCCGGGCCGAUGUGGGAACUUCGGGAAGCUGAGGCAUGCGCGGCAGCGCUCGGCGGUGCGUUCUUCCUGCUGCUCUUCGCUCUGGGGGUCCGCCAGCUACUGAAGCAGAGGCGGCCGAUGGGCUUCCCCCCGGGGCCGCCGGGGCUGCCAUUUAUCGGCAACAUCUACUCCCUAGCCGCCUCAGCUGAGCUUCCCCACGUCUACAUGACAAAGCAGAGCCGGGUGUACGGCGAGAUUUUCAGUUUAGAUCUUGGUGGCAUAUCAGCUGUGGUUCUAAAUGGCUAUGAUGUAGUAAAGGAAUGCCUUGUUCAUCAAAGUGAAAUUUUUGCAGAUAGACCAAGCCUUCCUUUAUUCAUGAAGAUGACAAAAAUGGGAGGUUUACUCAAUUCCAGAUAUGGCCGAGGAUGGGUGGACCAUAGAAGAUUAGCCGUAAACAGCUUUCGCUAUUUUGGAUAUGGCCAAAAGUCUUUUGAAUCUAAAAUCUUAGAAGAAACCAAAUUUUUUAUUGAUGUUAUUGAAACAUACAAAGGUAGACCUUUUGACUUUAAACAAUUAAUAACAAAUGCUGUUUCAAACAUAACCAAUUUGAUCAUUUUUGGAGAACGAUUCACUUAUGAAGACAGUGAUUUUCAGCACAUGAUUGAGUUAUUUAGUGAAAAUGUGGAACUAGCUGCCAGCGCCUCGGUCUUCCUAUAUAAUGCCUUUCCAUGGAUUGGCAUCUUACCUUUUGGAAAACAUCAGCAGCUAUUUAGAAAUGCAGCUGUGGUCUAUGAUUUUAUCUCCAGACUUAUUGAAAAAGCUUCAGUCAACAGAAAGCCUCAGUUACCUCAGCAUUUUGUUGAUGCUUAUUUAGAUGAGAUGGAUAAAGGUAAAAAUGACCCAUCAUCUACUUUUUCCAAAGAAAACCUAAUUUUCUCAGUGGGUGAACUAAUCAUUGCUGGAACUGAAACUACAACCAAUGUGCUACGGUGGGCAAUUCUUUUCAUGGCCCUUUAUCCAAACAUUCAAGGACAAGUUCAGAAAGAGAUUGAUUUAAUUAUGGGCCCUAAUGGGAAGCCUUCUUGGGACGACAAAUGCAAAAUGCCUUAUACAGAGGCAGUUUUGCAUGAAGUUUUAAGAUUCUGUAAUAUAGUUCCAUUAGGAAUUUUCCAUGCAACCUCUGAAGAUGCCGUUGUACGUAGUUAUUCUAUUCCUAAAGGCACAACAGUAAUUACAAAUCUUUAUUCUGUGCACUUUGAUGAAAAGUACUGGAGAGACCCAGAAGUCUUCUAUCCUGAGCGAUUUCUGGACAGCAGUGGAUAUUUUGCCAAGAAGGAAGCUUUGGUUCCUUUUUCCCUGGGGAGAAGACAUUGUAUUGGAGAACAGCUGGCUCGGAUGGAAAUGUUCUUGUUUUUUACAGCACUGCUUCAGCGGUUUCAUUUGCAUUUUCCACAUGAACUAGUUCCAAAUCUGAAGCCAAGGUUAGGCAUGACAUUGCAGCCCCAGCCCUACCUCAUCUGUGCUGAAAGACGUUGAAAGUGCAUGGAUGUUUUGGGGAAUGAGGAUGUCAGCCUCACACCUGAACUUUGUUUAAUAUAAUCAAUGUGUGUGUUUAGACAAAAGUCACAGCAUCAUAAAGCCAAAUGAACACAGAUGUGUUUUUAAAAACAGUACUAAAGCAAUAACAAGCUUUAGCUAUUUUCCCAAGCUUUUAUGACUUCUAUGGUAGAAUUUUCUGUUGAAGAACACAAAGGUACAGAUGAAAGGUAUUGUUUAAGGUGCUAAGAAGGGCCAUGGAUGCCCUAAGCAGAGCCUCUUGUUCAGUACCAGGUACUUCUCAUCCUUUCUUGACUCCAUCUAGCUCCUGUCCUGGGGAGCUUUAGAUCCAGUUGCCAACUCCCUUCUGAUCAGGUUUGGUCAUUAAUAGACUGUUUUGGUACUAAUCCAGUUUAAUAGAGGACUAAAAAAGAAAGUAAAACUCAAAUGAGUUUGGACUACAGAGGUAAUUUAGAUGUGGUGGCAGAUGACAGCAGAAAUACCUAUUUAAUGUACAAUGUACCAGUGCUUUCAAAUCUUGCUCCCUGCUAUGUCUUCAUAAGCACUGUGUUAUUUUUCCUAUAAAUGAGGAUCCCCGUGACUGAGCAUCUGUCCACAUAGCAGCAGUUCAGUAGAUAGGAAAUGACGGUGAUGUGUUUACAGUAAAAAUGACACAUAGCUAUUGAUUCUUUGUAGACAUAGACAUUUUCCUUGUCACCUCUUUCUUAAGCCAGACACAGGGCUUAAAGAUUGAAUCCUCUUAAUAAGUUUUAGAGGCUUCUAGGAAUUUCCAUGGGUUAGUGUUAUUUUUCUAAAGAUAGUAAUAUUCAAAUCCAAAAACGUGCUUUAGAGACAGAGUGACCGUAUAAACUGGGAUACUUGAGAGUGAUUGGGUACUGUUAAUCAUUAUGCCAGGACAACAAAAGUAAAUUUUGACUGCCCUGAACAAACUAGAAUGUAUGUUCACCCAAUUAUAGCUAUUUUUACAUUAUCAUUUCUUCUAAAGUUGUACAUUAAGCAUUCAUACUCUUGUAACUUGGCUCAAGAAUAGUUGUAACCUCAGAGUAAGUGCACAUAACAAUGACUUCUAUUAAGAAUAUGGAUUUAGCCUUUAGUUGGGCUUCAUCUUUUGAGUAUUUUCAAGUUUCUGUUAUAAAUCAGGAGUCUUUACAUCUCUGAUAUAUUAAGAUGUUUCCAGUUGUACAAGGCAAAAAAAAAUCCUGUGCAAAUUUACUUAAAUAAUAAAAGGGAAAUUUGAAGG